GCUCUGCGGGAACACCCGAAGAUCUGAUAAAAUGAUUCUACAGCUUUUCAAUUCCUACUUCCUUCUAGCCCUCUCCAUUCUCUCAUUCGCCACUGCGGUCCCGGUUCCAGACCCCUAUAACGAUGAUGAAAUAUCCGUAUACAUCGUCCCUGGCAACAGAACCUUCCCAGAAGGCAUCGCCCGCCAGCUCAAUUCGCCAUACUUCUAUGUCGGCAGCGUUAUAAAUGGGGACAUCUACCGCGGCAGCGUCCACGAGGAACACCUCGUCCCCUUCCUAACCGGUUCAGCAUACAAUCUCACAGGCGCCGCGGGUAUGAAAAUCGACUGCAAGGACCGGCUGUACAUCGCCGGUGGCGGUUCCGGCACCCUCUUCGUCUUUGACUUACAUACGAAGAAACUGUUGCAUCGGUUUAGCAAUGGUUUCUCUGGUCAGAACCAAACACUUUUGAACGAUUUGGCUAUCGACGAAGCGGGGAACGUCUACGUUACCGAUACCGUCCAGCCCACGCUGUUCAGGAUCAAGGCUAGUGAGGUGGACAGUCCGACGGUGGAUCUGCCGUUGGAGAAGUGGAUAGAUCUGACGGGGGCCUUGGGGCCCGGUGCGAAUGGGAUUGUGGUUACCGAAGAUCAGAAGCAUUUGCUCGUCGCUGAUAUUUUUGCCGGGGAGAUAUGGAGGGUUGUUAUUUCUUCGAGGAAGGUUGACAAGGUCGAUAUUGCGGGAGGGUUGAUUGGAGCACCGGAUGGCCUGCUCAUCCGCCAUGACAUUUUGUACGCCGUUAACGCCCUUCCAGAGGUUGGCCAAUCCGUCCGGGUUAUCGAGAUGCACCCGGGGUACCUCUCUGGAACCCAGGUGAGGAGUAUAACUAGCGAGUUGCUUGAAAAGCCGUCGACAGCGGCUUUUGACGGGGAUGAUUUUCUGGUGGUCAAUUUUCAAUUUGAUGCUAUUCAGGGCCCAGCGCUACCGGUGCUACCCUUCACUGUCGUUAGGAUUCCAAUCGAGGGAUAA